AUGGAUGGGACUGGCGUUGAGAGAAAGUGUACGAAGAACUUUCCCAAACCGUUCUCACUCCACACAAUUGUCACUGAAGAUAACUACCCCACUUAUCGCCGUCGCUCGCCACAACAGGGAGGUCACACUCAUGAAAUGACAGUUUGCCGCAACGACUUCCUCUGUGACAACUCCUUUAUCGUACCCUACAACCCGCUCCUAUCACUUCGAUAUUCAGCGCACAUCAACAUCGAAGUUGUUCACUCAGUCCAAGCAGUAAAAUACUUAUACAAGUACAUCACAAAAGGCCAAGACCGCAUCAUCUUCUCCCUGACAGCUGAUGGGACACAAGUGGCAGUACUAGAUGAAGUCGAAAACUACCUUAACGCACGAUACAUCUCAGCCAGGCUGACAUGGAAUGGCAGCAAAAAGCAAUGGCAGCGUCGCAAACGAGGCACCAAACUCACCAAUACCCAACACUUCCAGACAGACAAUGUUGGCCGCAUACCAACAAUCUCCCUCAGCCCACAUCAAUCAGAACUAUACCACCUUCGAACACUGCUUCACCACAAGGCGGGUGCACAAACAUAUGAAGAAAUGCGUACAGUCAAUGCUGUGGAAUGCGGAACAUUCCAAGAAGCCUGCCUUCAACUUGGACUGAUCACCGAAGACAAGGAAAUACAUCGUGCAAUGACAGAGGCCUGCACCAUUCGAUUUGGGGACCAACUCAGAAACUUCUUCUCCACACUGCUGAUGUAUUGUCGCCCGGCAGACCCCAAUCAAUUUUGGACCACCUGGAAAGAAGAAUUGUGCCGAGACUACAUGUAUCGAGACAAAGCCACAACACUAUCCAACUACAAUGAAAAUGAGGCCCUCCAACACAUACAAAACAUCCUACAAAGAGAUAAUUUAGACCUAGCUACCGACUCCCACCUACCAAUCCCAGACGCCACCAUCAUCAACACAACAAGCACCAGAAGAAUAAUAGCAGAAGAAACCUUUGACACUACACUCCUACAAGAAUCUGCCCCCCAGCUCAUCAACACCCUCAACCCAGAACAAAGACAGGUCUUUGAGUUGAUCAUGAGUGCAGUGAACGAUAACGCCAGGAAGAUAUUUUGUUUGAAUGCAAGUGGCGGCACAGGCAAAACAUACCUCAUCAAUGUCCUACUCACCACCAUACGUGCAGAAGGAAACGUAGCUCUUGAAACAGCCUUAUCAGGCAUUGCAGCAACGCUCCUCAACAACGGUCGCACCCUCCAUUCCCGCUGUAAAAUCCCUAUCAAUCUCACUGAACACUCCACCUGCAACAUCUCAAACAAAGAUGCCACAGCUGACCUCCUCCGUCUGGCCAAAAUACUCAUCAUCGAUGAAGUUUCAAUGGGACACAUCUUCGAAUGCCUGGACCGCUCCUUACAAGAUAUCCGAGACAGUGAACACCUCUUUGGCGGCCUCAUUGUACUCUUUGCUGGAGACUGGAGACAGAUAUUGCCUGUAGUACCCCACGGCAGCCGACCGCAGAUAGUAGAGGCUACACUCAAGAAAUCAUACCUGUGGUCCAGCAUUCAAACACUCCAACUCACCUGCAAUAUGCGAACAAACACACAAGACACCACAAACUUCCCACAAUAUCUCACAAACAUUGGCAAUGGUACUAAAACACCCUAUCCAGACAUUGGCCCACACACCAUCAAGGUCCCCGAACACUUCACACAGAACAUCACAUCUCUCACAGAUCUAUGCAACUUCGUCUUCACCAAAUUACCACAGAACUUCACCCAAGCAGAAUGGUUGUCUUCAAGGGAAAUUAUUGCUCCAACAAAUAAGGCUGUGCAAGAAAUCAACACCUUCGUCAUAAACAGAUUUCCAGGUACAUCAGUGGAAUACAAGAGCUGCGACACCAUCCUUGAAAACGAACAUCAAUACCCAUUGGAAUUCAUCAACCGCUUGAAUCCUGCUGGCCUCCCACCGCACAGUCUCAUCUUGAAAAUGAACUGCUGCAUCAUGCUCCUGCGCAAUUUCGAUCCACUCAACGGACAUUGUAAUGGCACACGCUACACCAUAACAGGCCUUCAUCAACACAUCAUUGAAGCUGUCAUUGCAACAGGACCCCACGCUGGAAAGAGACUAUUCAUCCCAAGAAUACCAAUGGCACCCAGCAACAACACAUUCCCCUUCCAAAUGCAACGCCGCAGUUUCCAAUUCGCCUGGCAUUCGCCAUAA